AUGGGUCUGCUCAGAUCAGCGUACACGGCAGCAGUGCCCCCUCCAGGGCCAGGACGGCUGCUGAAGGCAGGAGCCACAGUGCUCAUCGCUGGGGCCCUUCUGCUGCUGGCUGGGGCCAUCGGCGCCUUCUACUUCUGGAAAGCCACCGAGAGGCAGGUGUACAAUGUUCAUUACACCAUGAGCAUUAAUGGAAAAGUGCAAGACGGAUCGAUGGAAAUAGAUGCCGGAAACAACUUAGAGACAUUCAAAACAGGAAGCGGGAAUGAAGAAGCUGUUGAAGUUCAUGAUUUCCAGAUUGGCAUCACCGGCAUCCGAUUUGCUGGAGGAGAGAAGUGUUACAUCAAGGCCCAGCCCAAAGCUCGCGUGCCUGAGGUGGAUGCCAUGACCAAGGCCAGCCUGUCCUCUGACCUGGAAGAUGAAAUCAUGCCUGUUAGAUUUGACGAAAACUCUCUUAUCUGGGUGGCUGCAGAUGAGCCCAUCAAGCACAACGGUUUCCUAAGCCCCAAAAUUUUAGAGCUUUGUGGGGAUCUUCCGAUUUUCUGGCUUCGACCUACAUAUCCCAAAGAUAAACAAAGAGAAAUGAGAGAAAUGAAGAGAAAUAAACGCCAGUCCGAGUCAAACUUCGAUGCAGAAGACACAGCAACUGCUGCUGAAGAAGUGAACACCAGGUCCACCCCCACUCAGCUGAUUCAAGAGCUUGGCCCCCAGCCUAAUGAAACCAGGCCAAUGCAGCAAGAAACUGAUCAAACAAUUAACCCAGAUAACCCAUACAAUCAACUGGAAGGUGAAGGGAUGGCUUUUGACCCCAUGCUGGACCACCUAGGCGUGUGCUGCAUCGAGUGCAGGCGAAGUUACACGCAGUGUCAGAGGAUCUGUGAGCCUCUGCUGGGCUAUUACCCGUGGCCAUACAACUACCAGGGCUGCCGCACCGCCUGCCGUAUCAUCAUGCCCUGCAGCUGGUGGGUCGCUCGCAUCAUGGGCGUUGUGUGAGAAAGCUUUGGGUUCCUGGAAGAAGCCAGCAGGAGUUUGACGACGCCAAACUGAUGAAAGACUACGACCGAAGCAGCGUGGCCAAUCCUGGCUUCUAAGUCCAAACGCGUGUUACUGUGCUAAAAGCAAGGGCAGGUAUUCGAAGUGUAAAUAAACUCUUAAAUUAAGGUGCCAUUAGCUUGACCGACGACAAAGAGUAUGCUAGCAGGCACUGAAUUCCAAACUAAGAAGCCCCAAAACAGACAACACUAACUUUGCUCACAAGCUGGUUUAGCAGUCUAGAAGCUUGCUCAUAAAUCCAAAUUCAGACUUUCAUAACAAAAACCUCUCUCUGAGCUAGACGUGAAAAUUUAUGUCCAAUUAGGCAACUGGCUAAACUUGUACACUUGGGAGUACCUUUCAUCCACGUAGCUUACCUAAAUAAAUCACAAGUUAAGUCGCUCCCCGUUGCUAUCUGUACAUGGCUGCCAGGUCAUUAUGAAUGGUUAUAAACCAAUUACAGCAUACCUUUCCCACAAAGCUGCUCCAGGGGACAUGGGAAAGCUCACAUCGUGUUUAAUCAGAAACAAAUGGCAGGAAGAGGGGCUGCGGGAUGGAAUUUGUGUGGCUGCAGAAUCAAAACCCUUCGCACAUCCCAACAUCAAAGCUGCCCCGGCAUCGAGAAUCUUGUAUCCAUGAUAUGGAUGAUAUGGAUAUCAUGUAUCCACUGCAGUGUCUGACAACUAUCUGCCAUCCAGAGACUACAGCUUAAGUAUUUACACCCAACUGCAGGCCAAAGAGUCUCAAGACCCUUCCAAAUCGACAAGAGCCGCUGUUAUUUAUAAAGCCUUGAACUAGGCACUCUUGACACAAGAUUACAACCCCUCCUUAUUCCACGUGGAUAGUGGUUGUUCAUGCCAGCUCCUCGGCCUUCGCUGGAGCUAACCUCUGUUCCCUACAAGAGAAAUUGCUUACCAGUAAAUGGGAGGGAAAAAAAGAUUUUAACCUCACCCUUGUUGCUCAGGCAAACUCUGCCAUUAGAGGGAUUGAUCCCAUUAUGUAUUAAAUCUCUACGGAAGGUACUGAGCUGAAAUACGCAGGAUGGUAUGACUUAGGAUUCCUAGACUUUGAACAAAAA